CUGCCUAUCUACCUGAGCCAGGAGCUGUCCUCUCCGCACCGUGGGACACACCUCUCUUCAGCUACACAGGAAACCAGCAUGUCAUAGUGUCGUCAAAUGAUUUCUGUACGUGCUUCUGGUAUUUUUCUGCGUCUGGAGACUUUCUGAACUAUGCAAACUUGUAAGAAGCUGUUGAGAGGAAGUACAUAUCUACUUGAUCCUUUUCCAAGUCCACGGAUUUAAAUACAAUCACGGAUUUAACAUGAGCAUUGUAUCUUGGAAGCUGGUUUUCUACUCUGCUGCGUUUAGUUUAGUGGUCGUGUUUUUGGACAUAGGGACAGAUGCAACACUGGAGGGUUCCUCAAUGGGUUACCUGAGUCUACCUUAUAGUCAGGAGCCUGAGGUGUUUCCACAGGUCGUUCAUGUAUCCGAUGUCAAGGUAUCUGAUGAAGCCCAACCAGUUAUCUCGAGACGGAAACGGAACAUCCUUUUCCCAAGUGGAGUCAAACUCUGUGCACAAGAGACCGCCCAGCAAGUCAUCGCAAACCACCUGAGCUACUUUCAUCUCAGAGUGUGCCAGGAGACCAUAUGGGAGGCUUUCAAGAUCUUCUGGGACCGCCUGCCAGAGCAAGAAGAGUACCAAAGCUGGAUGAGCCAGUGCCAGGAGGGCACAGUCAUGGCACAAGAUAUUGGCAGCUACUUUAGCCAAUCAGAGGAGCAUCAGGCUCUGGUUAAAAAGAGAAUGUCACUGCCAGGUUUGAAAAGUGAGCCCACCAGGUCCUGGCAACACAUGUGCAGCUCUCCAACACCAAGAGCACCGGAAGCGGUGGAAGCUCCUGAGCUAGAAGAGACAGCUAAAGAAGAGGAGGUGGAGGAAGCAGCCGCCAUUGUCCCAGAGGUGGAGGAGAAUCCACUGGACAAUGACAUUGCCGUGCAGCCUCCCACCCCGGCUGUGCUGGAGCAGGUGGUGGAGCUGAGCAUCCUCCUGACUGGAGAGAUGUACAAUGACGACCUCAAUGAUCCAGCCAGCCUCCAGCACCAAACGCUCAGCAGACAGCUUGCUGAAAAGAUCGAGGACGCUUUGCAGGGGCUUCCUGGAUUUAAGAGUGUGUCCGUGCUGGACUUCAGGCCCCCGAAGGACACCCAAGGGCUGGGUGGUGUUGUGGUGGACUACGCUGUCACAGUGGCGGUGGAUGGAACAGGAGUGAGCAUGGAGCAACUGGACUACCUGACGCUGCAGUCGAACCUGGUGGAGAGCUCAUACCGUGAGGUCGUGGAGCUCCCCACGGUGGUCUACACCAUCAGCGAGGUGAAGAACUUCAUCACUGAAGCCCUGCAUAACGACGCACUGGAGAGCGUGUCUGAGGCCCCUGAGUCUGUCAACGCUGCAGACGGAGCCGCGAUUAAUGCUGCCGAUGAGUCAACGGACGUCAUGAUCCUGGAAGAGGACACAGAGGAUGUCAACAAAGAUGAUGUCCUGCCCGAGCUCUCUGAAACUAACACAGUGUCCGCAGCAGAAAAUGACGUAAUUGUUCUGGAGGAGAGUGUAGUUGUGUCUCCUGCUCCUGUCCUGACCACGAGUGCACCUCAAGCUGGCAGCAUUGAGGAGGAGGGUCUGUUACCAGGGGACACUGUGCAGACUCCUGCUGUAGAAAACCCCCCACCAGAGGAACUCCCAGCUGAGCUUCCCUCCCCUGAGCUGCCAGAGGACCUCAUGCUGCCUGAACCACCAGUGGAGGUCGAGGCCUCUGGUUCAGGCACAGCCAACGUGGAAGACCUGCUCCAGCCAUCUACACCCACAGAAGAAGUGUCUGUUGAGAAGACUGGAUCAGAAGAUGGGCUGAUAAUAGAAGAUGUCCCCAUAGAUGCAGAUGCAAUCUCUGAAGCUGAAACUGUGGAUGUUGAGGUUGCGGCAAUUGAAGAAGAACCUACUACUACUACUCUGGAAGAGGCAGAGGCAACUCUGGAAGAGGCAGAAGCAACCCUAGAUGAGACAGAGGCAACUCCGGAAGAGGCAGAGACAACUCUAGAUGAGGCAAAGGCAACUCUAGAUGAGGCAGAGACAACUCUAGAUGAGGCAGAGGCAACUCCGGAAGAGGCAGAGGCAACUCCGGAAGAGGCAGAGGCAACUCCGGAAGAGGCAGAGGCAACUCUAGAUGAGGCAGAGGCAACUCCGGAAGAGGCAGAGGCAACUCUGGAAGAGGAUGAGGCAGAGGCAACUCCGGAAGAGGCAGAGGCAACUCUGGAAGAGGCAGAGGCAACUCUGGAUGAGGCAGAGGCAACUCUGGAUGAGGCAGAGAUUCCAGAGGAGCUAGAGAUCUCUACAAUCGCAACUGAGACCACAGAAGAAGAAGGCCUACCUGCCCUGGUCCCUCCUCAUGAUGCUGUAGAUGUAGCGAGCGAAGCAUCAGAGCUGGAGGCUGCAGAAACAGGUCUGCUUCCUGUUGGUGAAGACUCGGUGGAGGGCACAGAAGAAGACUCAAACCUCACAGAUGUUCCGUCCGCAGAUGAGGAAGUUAACCCAGAAGAACCUGUGGAAGACGCAGAAGUCAACGUGAUGGUGACGUACCCUGAGGAACCUGUAUUUGAAGAGGGUGGCAUGGACAGCGAGGGACAAGAGGUGAAGGAAGCUCCCGGAGCUCCAUCUGUAGAGGAAGUAGGCCCAGCAGCUCCAGAGAUCUCAACAGAGGAUCUGACAGAGGAUGAGAUCUUGCUGGUUAACAGAGAUGAACUGGAGCCACCAGUGACAGAUUCUCUGAUCCCUGCUGAACCAACUGCCCUGUCUCCAGAGAGGGAGUCGCCUUUCACCCGCAUCUCUGACGUCAACCCUGCCCCUGAGCAACCUGACAUCAUCAUCCCUUCAGUGGUGGAGAUCCAGACCACUAACAGCGGCUUGGAUGAUGCCACCAAUGGAGACCAGGACUAUGAUGUGAUACAUUAUGGUUAUGGUUUGAUUAACCACACAGAGGAGGGCAGUACUGGCUUCCCGUUUGGUGUGGCACACGGCACAGACCAUGUCAGUCUUGCCAUGCCUGUGAACCCUGGACGAGCACUGAUGGUGUUCUUCAGCCUGAGGGUGACCAACAUGAUCUUCUCCGACGAUCUCUUCAACAAGAGCUCCCCAGAAUACAAAGCUUUGGAGCAGCGCUUCAUAGAGCUGCUUGUGCCCUACCUGCAGUCCAACCUGAGUAACUUUGAGAACCUGGAAAUCCUGAACUUCAGGAACGGGAGCAUUGUGGUCAACAGCCGGAUGAAAUUUGGCAAACCUGUGCCACAAAGCGUCACCACUACUGUCUAUCUGAUCCUGGAGGACUUCUGCAACACAGCCUACCAGACCAUGAACCUGGCCAUCGAUAAGUACUCACUGGACGUGGAGUCAGGUGACAAGGCCGACCCUUGUAAGUUCCAGGCGUGUAACGAGUACGCGGAGUGUAAAGUGAACAAGUGGUCGGGGGAGGCGGAGUGUGUCUGUAAUGCCGGCUACUUCAGCGUGGACGGCCUGCCUUGUCAGAGUAUCUGUGAGCUGCGCACUGACUUUUGCCUCAAUGACGGCAAGUGUGACAUCAUCCCCGGCCAGGGAGCCAUCUGCAGGUGUCGUGUCGGGGAGAACUGGUGGUACAGAGGAGAGCACUGUGAGGAGUACGUGUCCGAGCCGCUUGUGGUUGGCAUAGCGAUCGCCUCAGUAGCGGGAUUCCUGUUGGUAGCCUCCGGAGUCAUCUUCUUCCUCGCCAGGACGUUACGGGACCAGUAUGACAAGGAUGAGUCAGAGGACCCCAUACGGCGAGCAGAGAGUCUCCCGUCUCUGGAGAGGGCGACCAAGUACAACCCCAUGUAUGAGAGUGAGGCCACCACAGGCUACAGCCACUACUACCGCCGCUACCCUGAAGCUCCUGUGUACAGCAGCGCCAGCGCUGAGGCCUCCACUGAUUUCAGCAGCGAAGAGAUACGACACAUCUAUGAGAACAGUGAACUGACCAAAGAGGAAAUCCAAGACAGGAUACGCAUUAUUGAGCUCUACGCAAAGGACCGGCAGUUUGCAGACUUUGUACGGCAUCAUCAAGCCGUCGUGGAUACCCGCAGAGAGAGCUCCUCGGUGCACACAUGAAGCUCUACUGUAAACAAGAAACUUGCCUCUCUGUUAAAAACUGAAGCUCCCUGUCAAGACUCUCCACUUUCUUCAUCAUGGCACUGUGCGCUCAUGGACUGUUUGAGAUGGACUGUCAUUCAGCACGCUGCUCUUUACUUUCCUGACCAACGACCUCGCUCUGUCUGUCUCUCUGCGUACGUCCCUGAAGUGUUGACUCUUCUUCUUCCUUCUUUUGUGCCUUCUCUUGACUGGGUGAGCUGGUUGUGACAUCGAGUGUUUGCUGCUCAUCUGCUGGACAUCUCCUUUCAUGGGAAAACUGGACCGCAUCCUAUUACUUGAAAUGUUCAUCACAAUUCUGUCUACGCUAGUACUGUUGUUUAGUCAAAUAUCGAGUUUUGUGUCAUCAUGUCAUAACUAUCCAUUCUUUUAAAGGGAAGAACUUAAAACUGUGAAUAUGUAUAUAGUGUUGCCGUUGGUAUGUUUGCUAGUUAAAGGGGACCUAUCAUGCUUUUCUGUAUUUUCUAUAUAAUUGUAGAAUGUCAGAUGUUCAUGUUAAACGUGGCCAAAGUUUUAAAUAAUGAGGUAAUUGUAUAAAAUAAUCCCUGUAUGCAAAAACUUAAGGCAUGAGAUCGUUAGCUUGGGACAGAUUUUGUUAUAUGGUCAUCUGCUCCAACCACGCUACGGCAAGUGUUUACAUUACAUACACUGCUACAAGAAGCUUCAUGCUAACAUCAGGGAAACAUGUAAUCUUUGAUAGCGAUGUUGUCAAUUCGUCCCCGAUUUUGGAUCAUAUUUCUGUUGAAACAUGACUGGUUGUGAAAAUUUUGGUUUAGAAGCAUUUAUUGGUGGUUUUUCACAGGAUUUUUUAUGGCUGCAAGUACACUGCUACAUGUAGCUAUCUGCUAACGCCAGGGAAACAUGUAAUUUUUGUUGGCAAUGUUGUUAAUAUGUCCCUGAUUUCUUAUCACAUUCCUGCUGAAGCAUGUCUGGUUGUGAAGAUUUUGAUUUAGAAGCAUUGAUUGGUGGUUUUUCACAGGAUAUUUUAUGGCUGCAAGUACACUGGUACAUGUUGCUGCCUGCUAACGUCAGGAAAACAUGUAAUCUUGGCUGCAGAUAUCUUUAAUUUCUUCCCAAUUUAAGAUAAAAUCCCUGCUCAAACAUGUCCAGUUGUGUUUAAAAGCUCUAACUGGUGAUUUUUCAUUGGAGAAAGUGGCGUCAUACAUGAUCAUUCCCUAGCUGCAAGUACACUGCUACAAGUAGCAAUAUGCUAAUGUCAGGGAAACCUGUAAUCUUGAUUGUUAAUGUUAUUAAUUUGUCCCUGAUUUGGAUCAUGUUUCUGCUGGAACAUGUCUGGUUGGUUAUUCACUGUUACAGUCAUUCUCCUGGCUGCAAUGACAGUGCAGAGAUGCUGAGAUACAGAAGACCAGAUUACGCUGACCAAUCAGAACAGACUGGGCUUUUUUAGGAGGGUGUCGUAAACAGACAGGCGCUAAAUGUUUCAAAAAGAUGGGGUGAAUACAGGUAUUCCAGUACAGACAGUAUGAGGAAUGUUUUCUUUUACAUUAAAGCAUGUAAAUAUGUUCCACUAGACACCCAAAAUACAAGUAUGGACCUGAAAAUGAGCAUGACAGGUCCCCUUUUAUGCCCAGUUCAGACCACAGAUUCGCGUUGAGAUGAGUUGAAACAGGCAACUACUUGCGAUGCGCUGUUCUGUAAUGUUCUAAGAACCUGCCAGUUCACACCAAUGCAACUACAUGAAAUGGUGUAUCAUCUAACUGCAACAGCUCUCUGUACUUAUGUUCUGAUUUCCAGCUUUUCAGGCUUAUUUUGUGGCUGAAUAUAAUUUAUAGCUUCUUAAAAUAUGAUUGAGGAUAGUGAUAGUGAGAUACUGGCUACAGCUGCAUUUGGAACUGUAAAAAACAAGCAUCAGAUGGACUGUAUUCAGGAUAUAUACGCCACAAUAAUAUGAAUAACCAGCACCAAUCUCAUUAGUCAAUGAGAAUGUGUGUGUGAGGGGGGCAUAAGCACAUACAGAUGGCAGCAGCAGCUACCCACCGUCCGACAUCGAGUUCCUCAGCGGACUUCACUACAAGCCAAUUGGCUGUUGAAAUCUGCGAGCAGCCUUGCGUUUUAAAACCAGCUGCCGGCGAUGUGACCAGUUGAGUUGCAGGUGACACCAUCAGCCAGCUUGAGUGGAGCUUAGACGGCUAGUUCACACCGCUGCAACUUUUCUCUGCAGCGUUCUGAAAGGGUUUUGUCUUGUCACAAAUCUUUGGUCUGAACUGGGCUUUAGAUGUUAAGAUAUUUAAGAUAUAUGAAAUUUACUCUUUAUGUUUUCUCAGAGAGACGCGAGUGGCUCUCUUUUAGUCAAUGGUGCUAUCUUAAUUUUAAAAUAUUUACAAUUUAAAAUCAACACCGGUGGAUCAGCUCUGUAUGAACUACUGUACAUUAAAUGAAUAGUCAAACAUUAUUAUCUUUCUAUUAUAGGCUGAGAUGACUCUCAUAUUUGUCCAGUACAUAUGAAGCUACUGCUGUUAGCUUAGCUUAGCAUAAAGGCUGGAAACAGGUGGAAACAGCUGGCCUGACUCUGUCCACAUGUAACAAAAUUUGCCAAUAUAAGCAUGUAGGCCCUGCAUAUUAAACAAAUAAAAUAUAACGUGUUAUUGAGGGAACGUUAGAAGUGCUUUUGGACAGACCCAGGCUCGCUGUUUCCACCUGUUUCCAGUCUUUGUGCUAAGCCAAAAAGCUGCUUGCUGUAGCCCAACAUUUAAUGCAAUUCCCAAAAUGUCAAACUAUUCCUUUAAGAUGGCCAAAUGUAGUGAUGGUGUAUAUAUUAUUGCUGUUCAUCAAUGUAAAAGCAGCCUUUCACAAUCUGAAUAUUAUUCCAGCUACUUUUCUCCUGGCAGGUGAUUUCUCUGCCUUUUUAAUGGCUCCAUCCAUCAGAAGCUUCGCUGUGUGUUUGUAAAUGUACGACGUGGUAGACAUGACAAAGUAAAAACAGUGGUGAUGGGAGAAAAGCAGAGAGCAUGAACCCUCUAUAGCUCUGAGAUUCAGAAAUAAGUGAAAACACGUUUCAGUGGAAAAAUGCUGCGGGGCCAAGCAUCCCAGGGAUUUGAUCAAAUGGUCUGCUUUCAGAUGUCAUAUGUAAUGCAACUGAGGGAACAGGAAAAGCAGGCUGAUAAACAACAUGUGCUAGUUGGAGAGACAACCUCAAGCUGUGUCUCCUGCUGAAAAAACCUCAAGGUUACCAGCGAUUCUUUAAAAAACGAUCUGCCCUGUGACUACUUGUUUGGCCCUGAUCCUGCUCCUCAAUCUGAAAAACCGUCUGACAGACUAAUCCCAGUGUUUUCUUUGGUAUUCUCACAUGUUCCUCUCUGGACUUGUUCUGCUUGAUCCCUCUUGUCCCUCGAGUGGACCCUCACAGCUGCAGCUGAUUACGAUCUGUAGGUUUUAGAUUGUUGUCGGCCGGUGUGACCGUCAGAAUCAGACACGUAGAUCAUGUCCUAGCUUCUUGUUUACAUUACGUGCUUCUUUGCUGUUAUUGUAGAGGUCCACACAGGUGACAAACACCAGUGAAGCAGACUCCUGUGACAGUGUCAUGCCUUUUGCAAUCUGCAUAUUCCAUUGUGUUUUUAUAUGCAUGCUUUUUUAAGUGUCUGCAUACGUCCUCCAUCUGCCACCUGGACAAACGGCCAAUCACCCCACACAGUAUUCUGUCAUGUAAAUAACUGUGAAGACGUUAACAGUCGUAGGAUGUAAAUCAUGUUUGUCUCAAAUGUUUUAAUAUAUGAACAUAUUCUUUUUAUACUGAUAACUGUUUCACCACUUUAACAGUGUUA